AUGUCUGUUGAUAUUCGCCUCUCUGCGGUUCUUCUGGCAACGUCUGUAAAAGAGUCUCACGUGCGACAAGUUGAUAGAUUUCUGUUUAUCGUGUCUGUCGACGCCCCAACUGGCUGUAGCUCCGGCGCCGUCAAAGACAGCGCCAGAAGAUCCGUCGUUCGAACCCAACCUCAGCAUCUUGACUGCUCCUGGUUACCCUUGGACAACCUGGCAGUACCCCAACCCUCGUGCCUCCUUCAGUUGGCAUGGCAACUAGGCACUGAAAGAGUGCUACAGCCGGACGAUUUUUGUGUGUUCUCUUAUCCUGAAUUUUCCGACCAACCGGGGUGUGACUACAGCACGUUUUCAGAUGGAAUGGCUUUCCUCAAGGGUCUCCUUAAGAAAAUAAAAGGUCCAGAUGAGGCCAAAAAGAAGAGUUCCUUGGAUAAAGUUCGGAGGGACAUUGAUCCUGAUGAGGUUUGGGAGGUAAUCGGUGAAUUGGGAGAUGGUGCAUAUGGCAAAGUCUACAAAGCUAAGCAGAGAAAAGGUGGAACGCUGACCGCAUUGAAAAAAGUCGAAUUCGACUCAGAAGUUGCUCUAGAGGAUUUCAUGGUUGAGAUUGAUAUUUUGACAGAAUUCAAACACCCUAAUAUUAUCUCCCUCCUUGAGGUGUAUAUUUAUGAUAGUAAGCUUUGGAUGUUUUUGGAGCUCUGUGAUGGUGGGGCUUUGGACUCCAUAAUGACUACACUUGAAAAGCCUCUAAGUGAACGGCAAAUCCGGUUUGUCGCCCGUGAAGUGCUUGCUGGACUCAAGUUCCUCCAUGAAAAUCUCAUUAUUCACAGAGACAUGAAAGCUGGAAAUAUUUUGUUGACUUCGGCCAACGAAGUGAAGCUAGCGGACUUUGGCGUUUCUGCAUUUCUGGCCAAUGAGAAACAAAAACGUGAUACUUUUAUUGGCUCGCCCUAUUGGAUGGCUCCGGAAGUUAUUGCCUGCGAGGCUCUUAAGGAAAGCCCGUAUAACUGGAAGGCUGAUGUAUGGUCAUUUGGCAUCACUUUGAUAGAACUAGCCCAGAUGAGGCCACCCUACAACGAUAUUAACCCCACCCGUGUUCUUCUGAAAAUCACCAAAUCCGACCCACCCACUUUGGCCAAGCCUCGGUUCUGGUCUACUCAGUUCUCCGAUAUGCUGACUCGAUGUCUGCAAAAGGACCCGAACAAAAGAGCAGAAUGCAGCGAAUUACUUUCGGAUCCAUUUGUCGCCAAUCUGUCGGAGAAAGACAGGGAGUGUAUCAAGUUGUUGAUGUGUGAGCUUAAGGCUGAUGUGAUUGAUACCGUGGAAGAGUCGGAUUCAGUCGAAUUGGAGGAUGAGGAGGAACAGGCAGAAGAAAAUGCCCUGAUUCUUCCGGAUUCCACGAAGAUCGAAGUCCCUAUGGAGGUGAUCGAUGAAGAUGAGGAAAACUAUGAUAAUGAGACGAAAGCGAAAGAAGACUUGCUGGACCUUGGUCGUGCGACGGAAAACCAGCCUUUUGAAGCAGUAAUUCAAAAACCUGAUGAGCCACAACCUUUGGAUUCUGUUACCCAGAACAGUGUGGUAGAAAUUGCAUCUUUCCCUGUCUUAGUACUAGAUUCUAAGCGAAGUGAACCUUUUGAGCAUAAUUCAACCUAUCGCCUACAAGUGGUCCGUUCCACUUCCGUCAGACUGCCAGAGAAACCGCCACAGCACCCGUCGUUGAAACGUCGAGCAACUGUUCUCGGUGGGCCAUCUCCAUUUCGGUCAGGUUCUCUGUUUGCCUUUUUGGCUACAUCAUCUCGGAACAAAUUGAAUAAUGCCGGAAAAGCUUUCACGCCGACAAGAUCCGUUGCACAUUCGAGUAGUUUCAGCCUUCCACCGACUGUAAUUCACAUUAAAAGCCAACAGUCCAGUCACCUGGGUUCACAAACACCGUCUCCUGUGUUGGAUCCUGAACCGGCCCAUGAGUACCGUACGGAACUGACACUCCUGUAUUAUCCACCGUCAAUCAGAAGAAAAGCCUACUCUUACAAGCCAGUUUCAGAGAAUGCACAAGUCACAAGAGUCAAUUUGAGUUCCGACCUGUCAUUUAGGUCCCUCUUACAAGACCUCGCGCAGGAUUUGACCGAUCAGCUGAUCGACGAAGUAAUCACUUCAGAAACCCGCCAUCCUUCUGUGCCAUCUUGUUUGUUCGAAGUCAUGCGGGAUAUCAGCGAGGAGGUAGAUGUUGGACAGACUAUUCCGGAAGAAGAUCGCUUACCAUCACAGCCCAUAGCUCCCAAACCACCGGCCUCCGUGCCCAAAUUGUCCCGUCGUGCCAGCGCUCACAAGUCCCUGACGCGUACUCGCCGAUUUGUAGUUGACGGAAAAGUGAUCACAACUACUACGAAGCAUAUUAUUCCAGCCAGUGCGGAAGUACUUAAGCAACGUGAAGAAGAUCUGAACAGUCGCAAAGCGGAACUGCGUGCUUUCCGAAUGUUGGGCAAACAAGAAGCUCGUCAAACAAGAGAAUUAACUGCGAAAGCAGUACAACAGAAGGAACAGUUGGAGGCUAAAUUGGCUACCGAGUUCUUGGCACUCAAACGUGGUUACGAACAAAAACUGGAAUUGGUUUCCAGAAAUUACCGAGCUCAGCUUGAACGGCUGGAGAAGGAGUACGAGACCGACAGCAAACGCAUUCGCUCAACUACGGUCAAAGAGGGACAAACUUUUAAAGAACAACUGCGGAAAGAGUUGGACAAGUGCAGUCGUGCGGAACGGAAGAUGGCGAUGCGUGAACUAAACUCGGAUACUUCGUUGUUCCCUGGGGGUUCACUGAACCUGUCUGCCUCACUUACUUCCCUAAAUUCACUCCAUUCCAACUCCUCUCAGAAAUCUGUGAUUAGCCAGCAGCUACUGAGUUUCCGUGAGCAACAGGGUGUCCGCUUCUCAAGUCAUAUGAAACAGCUGACCCUAGUGUUCCAAGAACGGUUGUAUCAUCUGCGCGAGGAAGAACUGGUGGAGAAGCACACGAUCAGGAUGAAUUUUGAACAGGAGAAGUGGAAAAUGGAACAACGUCACAUGCAUAUGCGGCACCAAUUGUCCAGAAGCAAAUUGCAGGAUUUCUUCAGCAUUAAGCGUCAGAAGUUAGCAGGCCUACUCGAACUGGAGCUGUACGAGCUGAGACAAACGAUCACUCGUGAACGCGAAAAGUUGAACACCAUUCAUUCGAUUGAGCGUAAAAACCAUGCAAAAUAUGUGAAGAACAUGCAGAAGAAGAAUAUGACGGACUUUCACCGUCAUUGUCGUAUGGAUCCCUCGCUUACAGCCAGUCGAUUGAAAGAACGUCUACGCGAGGACAAACAUCGUCCCAAGUCUGUAUACUCAUCCAUUCAGCCUUCAAACCACGUUGGUGACAUGUGUAAACGCUCAUCUUUUAGUCCGUUCGAAGAGGCCACACGUAAACAGUUGGGAGAUGAGACAUAUGAGUUUGAGCAGAAACUUCAACGACAGCAGGAACUGCUAGAGUACAGCAUUGUGGUACGACUAAAGGAGCUGGAACAGUCGCAUUCAGACAAACGCAAUGAUUUAACGGAUUUGGAGACGGAGCGCCUGCGUGAACUGGACGAGAAGCACGAAUAUGAGUUGCGGAGCUACAUUGAGUCGUUCACGCAUACGCAAGCUCUACUUCGGGCGCAGUUCCAGGAGGAAUUGGGACAGGUAUCGUCACAGCCGUCGUUGCGCACGGACCCUAGCAGAAUAAAACCUUCUGUGUCUUCCAGAUAUUCCAUAUCUUCUUCAUACAACUCAUCGAACUUUGCUUCUUCUGGACGUUCCAUUCCUGGCACUUCUAUGAACCCAAACUCCCCACGUUUCCAUCGAGAUAAGUGAAUUGGUGUUUCAAGCAGUUGAACUGUUUCGCAAUGCUACCCCAUCCUUCUGCCUCCUUCCUUUCUGAUCAGCAUACCGGAUCGAGUUCUCCUCAUUUAUUAUUUGCUCACUUGCCGUGAAGGCUCGAUCGCAUCAAAAGUCCCUGUGGUCACUUCCCAUCUACACAAUCACUUUCAGUCUGCCUCCAGAUUCACAGGCCUUUUCGAUAUGACUUCAAUCUUCGCCUUGAGUUGCGCUAUGGAGCCGUAGUGGAGGGAGUACGAUACAGACCAUUGACGGAUAACGCUGUUGCCUUUGCUGCCACUACUGCUGCUCAGAGUAACUGUUUAACCAAUCUUUACGCACGCACUCACGACCGCAAGUGCACUUGUUUCAAACUUAUUUUCGCUAAUUUUUUGCCAUGUAUUUUUGAACCGAAUCGCUAUUUUAUACAUACAGACGCCUUCCG